UGCGUACCCGAAAUUGUAGAGCAUUCUUCGUGUGUUUCCCGUUGGUUUCUAUCAAAGUUGCAGACUCUUCCGGGGCUCUAUACUCAAGAUCUGCAUAAUAUGCAGAAGUUCAUCUUUCAAGGCCCAGAAGUGUUGAAUGUAUCGGGGAAUGCCACUAGCAAUCUCAGUCGCCAUGUGUUGAAGUCGUUGCAAGCUCCUGUGCUCGUGACUGUCCUGCAUGCGGCACUCGCCUUGUGCACUUGGAUGUCCGUCAUGCUUUUCAUCGAGCGUGUGUACAUGGCCAUCGUGAUCUUGUACGUCAAACUAUUCAGGAAGAAGGGACACACCAAGUAUAAUCUGGACGCCCGGAAAGAAGAUUUAGAGCUUAACAAAAGUUACCCCAAAGUGUUGAUCCAAAUACCUAUGUAUAAUGAAAAGGAGGUUUACAAACUUUCCAUAGGUGCUGCAUGUGGCCUUUCAUGGCCGUCCGACUGUUUGAUUGUUCAGGUUCUUGAUGAUUCUACCAAUGAGGGCUUAAGGGAAUUAGUAGAGCUAGAGUGUUAUAAAUGGAUAGAGAAGGGUGUGAAUGUGAAGUAUGAAGCUAGGAACAACCAUAACGGCUACAAAGCUGGGGCUCUUCGAGAAGGACUCCGCAAGCAAUACAUCGAGGACUGUGACUUUGUGGCAAUCUUUGAUGCCGACUUCCAACCCGACAAGGAUUUCCUCUGGAGAACGAUCCCCUUUUUGCUCGAAAACCCGGAGCUAGGUCUGGUCCAAGCCAGAUGGAAAUUCGUGAAUGCAGACGAAUGUCUGAUGACUCGUCUUCAAGAGAUGUCACUAGAUUAUCACUUCUGCGUCGAGCAAGAGUGGUUCUCAUGCGUUAAUGAGAUUCGGUUCAAAAUUUUCUCACAAUCAUAUCCUCCCAGGGACGGCUGGAGUUUGGCGGAUUCAAGCUAUUCAUGAUGCAGGCGGGUGGAAAGACCGGACCAUGGUGGAAGACAUGGAUCUUGCUGUUAGAGCUAGCCUCAGAGGUUGGAAGUUUGUCUUUGUGGGAGACUUAACUAAGUUGACAGAAUCUUCCUAUAAUAAAUCUCUCAUGGAGCUUUUUUUUUAUUUUUUUAUUUUCUAUGUUUGAGCAACU